AUCACGAGGACCAUCAUGCGGAAGAUUCCCGGGGAUGUGAUUAAGAUCAGACCAAAACUCCUGGAUUAGAUCAGUCCAGUUUUCAUUAAUUUAUCUUCCCGGAGAGGGAUUGAGAGGAAGGAUGUCUUCGGAGGAGUUCGAGCGGCUGCAGGAGAUCUACAGAUCUCUGUACGAGGAGCUGAAGCUGAUCCCGGACAGAGUCCUGAAGAGUCGAGGAGAAGAUCGGAAGAAGCUGGUGAGGAGCUUUGAUGAGAGGCAGGGGGAGGCGGACGAGGUGCUGCGAGGGAUGGAGGAGGAGCUCCGCACUGCUCCCUCGUCCUUCAGGAACGUCAUGAACACCAAGCUGCGCAUCUACCGCCGCGAUCUGGGCAAACUGCAGAGGGACAUGAAGAGCUCGGACCUGGGCUCGUCCUCGCUGGGGGGAAACCACGGCAUCUACUCCUCACAGAACCAGCACAGCACUCACCUGCAGUCCCAGAGAGCGCUGCUGCUGCAGGGGACCGACAGCCUGAGCAACGCCAGCCAGAGCAUCGAGCGCAGCCAGCGGCUGGCCGUCGAGACGGAGCACAUCGGCACCGACAUCAUCGAGGAGCUGGGCGAGCAGAGGGAGCAGCUGGACCGGACCAGGGACCGGAUGGUGAACACGGGAGAGAACCUCACUCGGAGCAGAAAGAUCCUUCGGUCCAUGUCACGACGGCUGAUGACCAACAAGCUGCUCCUGGGCGUCAUCAUCCUGAUGGAGCUCGGCAUUCUGGGAGCUGUAGUUUACCUGAAGUUCUUCAGACGAUGAGCGGGUCGGGUCGCCGGGCCUCCGGGGGGGGGGUCCAGACCGUCUGACUGGCUCCUCCCACCCUUCUGAAGCAAUAAUACUGUUUUCCUGUUACUGCGAGCCCCGCCCCCUGCCCCUGGCCCCGCCCCCAAAGGUGGGAGGAGCCUACGGGACGAAGAUGUGAACCGAACCCCCGGAGAGUCUUUGAAGUGACUUUUGUUUUAUCCGUCCCCCGUCUGGACACGGGGAGGUCUGGACAUGGGGGGGGGGGUCCUGCCCCCCCGACGCCUGGAGGACUUUUAAACCGCUGCGAUUAAAAAGACGUGCUAGUUGAAAUGUUAGCCGCAGCGGUUCUGACGGGUCCUAACGUCAGAUAACGAUGUUCCGAAGACUCGAAGCCACCAGAUAAAUCAAUGGACAGAAUUAAUCAGUUAACAAUUAACAGUUUGAUCCAGAACUAACGAAAGUCUUAACUCAUCAUUAAACCUCAUCCGUGA